GAGCUCCAGAAGGUAUUUAUUUCAACCUUGGGCUGGCUCGUCCGUGCGAAAGGCACGAGGAGGCUAGGUGACAGUUCGUUGAGGGGCCCGGAGUGGAGGAAGAGGCUGCCAUCGUGACGCGGCCCGCGGGCGAAUUUCUCUUUCAGGUUAGGCGCAGGCGCAGAUGUGUUAGGAGCGGCCACUAAGGCGGACCGCUGACCCCGCAGCGCUUCCGGGUAGCUUUACUCAGGAUCGGUGGCACCUCGGACUUGGGGUCUUCGAUCCGGGCCAAAGACCCGACACCACGAGGGCGGCUUUCCCCUGUCUGAGGGUCGGGGACCGCAAGACAGGCGAAAAGGACCCGGAUUGGACCAUACCCGAACCACCCACCCUUGCCCAUGGCGGCCUUCGGCCCCGGCAGCCACAAUAUCACUGAAUAUGUCGUUCGAGUUCCCAAAAAUACAACCAAAAAAUAUAACAUCAUGGCCUUCAAUGCAGCUGAUAAAGUCAACUUUGCUACUUGGAAUCAGGCCCGACUAGAGCGAGACCUGAGCAACAAGAAGAUUUACCAAGAGGAGGAGAUGCCCGAGUCAGGUGCGGGCAGUGAGUUCAACCGCAAGCUUCGGGAGGAGGCUCGGAGGAAGAAGUACGGCAUCGUCCUCAAGGAGUUCCGGCCCGAGGACCAGCCCUGGCUGCUCCGAGUCAAUGGCAAAUCGGGCAGGAAAUUCAAGGGUAUAAAGAAGGGAGGUGUGACAGAGAACACGUCCUACUAUAUCUUCACCCAGUGCCCUGAUGGGGCCUUCGAGGCUUUCCCAGUGCACAACUGGUACAACUUCACGCCGUUGGCCCGGCACCGUACGCUUACUGCCGAGGAGGCUGAGGAGGAAUGGGAGAGGAGGAACAAAGUCUUGAACCACUUUAGCAUCAUGCAGCAGCGGCGGCUCAAGGACCAGGAUCAGGAUGAGGAGGAUGAGGAGAAGGACAAACGUGGCCGCAAGAAGGCCAGCGAGCUGCGCAUCCACGACUUGGAGGACGACCUGGAGAUGUCAUCUGAUGACAGCGAAGCCAGCGGCGAGGAGGGUGGCAAAGCCCCCAAGACCAAGAAGAAGGCACUGACAACUAAGGCGGGCCGGAAGAAGAAGAAGAAGAAGGGGUCAGAUGAUGAGGCCUUUGAGGACAGUGAUGAUGGGGACUUCGAGGGUCAGGAGGUGGACUACAUGUCUGACGGCUCCAGCAGCUCUGAAGAAGAGCUGGAGGGCAAGCCCAAGGUCACCCAGCAGGAGGAGGGCCCCAAGGGCGUGGAUGAGCAGAGCGAAAGCAGCGAGGAGAGCGAGGAGGAGAAGCCGCCUGAGGAGGACAAGGAGGAGGAGGAGGAGAAGAAGGUGCCCACGCCACAGGAGAAGAAGCGGAAGAGAGACAGCAGUGAUGAGUCUGACAGCUCAGAAGAGAGUGACAUCGACAGUGAGGCUUCCUCAGCUCUCUUCAUGGCUAAAAAGAAGACUCCCCCCAAGAGGGAACGGAAGCCGUCAGGGGGCAGCUCAAGGGGCAAUAGCCGGCCGGGCACACCCAGCACAGAGAGUGGCAACACUUCCUCCACCCUUCGGGCAGCUGCCAGCAAGCUGGAGCAAGGAAAGCGGACAAAUGAGACGACAGCAGCCAAGCGGUUGCGGCUGGACAGCGGGCCCCAGAGCCUGUCUGGGAAGUCAACCCCUCAGCCCCAGUCUGGGAAGUCAACCCCCAGCAGCGGUGAUGUGCAGGUGACUGAGGAUGCUGUGCGCCGCUACUUGACGCGGAAGCCCAUGACCACCAAGGACCUGCUGAAAAAGUUCCAGACCAAGAAGACAGGGCUGAGCAGCGAGCAGACAGUGAAUGUGCUUGCCCAGAUUCUCAAGCGCCUCAACCCUGAGCGCAAGAUGAUCAAUGACAAGAUGCACUUCUCCCUCAAGGAGUGAGGGGCUGGCCCCCACUCUUCUGCCCAAUAAAUAAGCUCUAGUCUUCA